AGUUUCUCUCUCCAUAGUCAGCUGCAGCAGCAACGUCAGCUAGCAAGCAAGGUCAUUGUGCAACUGCUUCCUGACUUCCAAUCCCGCUUGCAUUUGCUAGCAAAUAUGAAUCCCUGGUCCUCUCUUUGCUUCUUGCUUCUGAUUUUCUUCAUCAAUGCUGCCUGUUCCCAAAAUUGCCUCUGUGCCCAAGGUGCUUGCCAGUCGGGCUGGGUGCAAUAUCAGAGUGCCUGCUAUAAAGCUGUGAGUGAACCAAAUAACUGGACUGAUGCGGAGAUAUCUUGCAGUAGUCUUGGCAAGAAUGCCCACUUAGCCUCCAUUCACAGCGCAGAAGAAAAUGACUUUAUUUUUCACCUGAUGGGCAAGCCAUUGGAGUAUACCAAGGGACAGGCUUACUGGAUCGGUGCUCAUGACUCUUUCAAGGAGGGAGUCUUUGUGUGGACAGAUGGUUCUGAAUUCAGUUACCAGACAUUUGGUAAUGGACAGCCUGAUAAUCUGAAUGGGGAGCAUUAUCUGGGGUCCUGGUUUCUUCAAGAUGGAUUUAUCACAUGGAAUGACUAUAAACCCUCAUGGCAAUUCCCGUCUGUUUGCAAAUAUGCUCUGGGAAGCAGCAGUAUGUGCUGCUCUUCACAAUGAACCAUCUAGGACUGGGGUCAAAUCACUGACAUGAAGCAACAACAACAGCAACAGCCUGAAACCUUCUCUCUGGCCUUAGAGGUACCUUGUCAUGCUGCUGCUUGUUCCUCUCUCAGCCCCCUUCCUUUGAUUUUCUGUAGAGAAUUUCUAGACUAGAGCCUUAUGCAGGAUCCUUUGAGACACUGACGUUCCACAAAAAGCGAAACAUGCUGAAUCUGUUUCUGACUGACUCCCAUAUGACAAAGACGAAUGAAACCGGACACCUGAAAAACUUCUGUGACAACAAUAAAAUGGAUGAAAAUAUCACCUGCUCCCUUAAUGCAGCUUUGUGUCAUGAAUAUAACUUGCCCCCCUUUUGUGCUUGACCUCACAACAUAUUGAAGCACCAAGGGGUGGGGCUGAGAAAAGCA